UGUAACCUUGACUAAACAUCUCUAACCUCUACCACGGAUCAAUUCGAUCCAAUGCCAUCCACGGCGGCUUAUUCUAUCUAUUUCUAUUCAUAGGACCCUCCUUGCAUUUGUCUUGCUUGCAAAUCCAUAUAUCUUCUCAUCCAACCUUGUCUCUCGUAGUAUAUAAAUCCCUUUUCUCAGCCGCCCUCCCUGGUCAUGACCCUUUUUCGUUCCAUCUUCAUACCUCUAUUCAUUGCUCUAGCAGCUAUUGCAUUGUUCCAACAUCGUGUCAAAGACACAGCAGCUUCAACCUUUGAAUUCCUAACAACUCUCACCUCUCCGAUUACUUUUGACAAGGCCAACACUCAGCACAAACACCACCACCUUUACGCCACAGAAAUGUCUGUCACUCGAGCUGUUCGCAAGGUCUUCCUGGCCGUUGAGCAGUCCGAAGGAGCUGGUGCCCGUGUUCGUCGCUCAAUUGGCACCCCUCAGCUCCGCAACUUUUCUCCUUUCCUCAUGCUCGAUCACUUCUCCGUGAAGCCUGGUGCUGGUUUCCCUGACCAUCCUCAUCGUGGCCAGGAGACUAUCACAUAUCUCCUAGAGGGUGGCAUGGAUCAUGAGGAUUUUGCUGGAAACAGGGGUACUCUGUCCGCUGGUGACCUCCAAUUCAUGACCGCUGGAAAAGGCAUUGUGCACGCUGAAAUGCCCCGACAGAACGAGGAUGGCAGCGCAAAUGUCGGUCUUCAACUUUGGGUUGACCUUCCCAAGGACCUGAAGGCUUGCGAACCUCGGUAUCGCGACCUCCGUGGCUCUGAGAUCCCCAUCGCCAAGGUUGACGAUGACAAGGUCACUGUCAAGGUUAUUUCUGGCCAGAGUCACGGGAUCGACUCUGUUAAGGAUCUCGCCUACACACCCGUCUGGUUCCUCGACAUUGAGAUCCGCCCUGGUGGCAAGAUCACCCAACCUCUCCCUGCAAACUGGAACGCCUUUGCCUACACUCUCGAGGGAGAUGUUAUUGUUGGCAAGGAUGACCAGCGACGUGUUGUCGAGCAGUACCAUAACAUUGUCUUCGAGCCGCAGGGAGAUGUUGUUCACUUUGAGGUUGACGCCGGUGCCUCGAAACCCGCUCGACUAGCCCUCAUCGCUGGUAUCCCUCUUGAUCAGCCUGUCAUCCAAUACGGUCCUUUUGUCCUCACUUCCAAGGAGGACGUCGCCAAAGCUCUUUUCGACUACCAAACCCACUCUAAUGGUUUCGAGCGAGCUGAGAACUGGCAGAGUGAGAUUGGCAAGUCCAUGAUGGACUAACCCUUUUAUAUAUGUUGCUUGAUGACUUGAUUGGCGUUACAAUGGGAUAUGUAUUUAGUUAUAACUAACCUACACUUAUGAGCUGGCAGCGCUGUUUGAAAAAGUUGGUUGUGUCACAUAAAUAAAUCAUACGAAGAAUGAUUAUCUAAUAUCAUUCCUCUACUAUUUCCACCGUCUGUUCUACUGUUG